GGCGCGGGGCGCGGGGCGGCGGCGGGGGCGCGAGGUCACAGCGCUCGGGCCGCGCCGGCGGGGCUCGGGCGCCGCCGCCGCGUCUGGGGCGACCUCUUGCGUGCGCCGCCGCCCUCAGUGCCGUCGAGUUGACGCUCCGCGAGCACGCUGCGGACUCCGCCGCCUCACACUGCCAUCGAAUCGUCAUCAAUAACGUUCCCGAGGCCUCCCUCGAGUGGACUGCGCGGCUCCCAUCACCCGAACACCCAUACCGUAACACCACUGUUGUCAUUUACACCGGAAAAUGUUCAGAUGCUCCCUUGUUCGAACGUGCGUUUAAAAUCGAUCGUCUGCAUCAAAAAUAAGACUGUUAUGAUCAUUUUGCAGAAGUGCUUUGCAGAUUCAGUUGCGCUGUGAUAGCUAGAUUAGCCGAGUAUUUGCGUGGGUCUCAUAGUGGUGGCAGCCACGGGGUGGCAUGCGGCCGCGCGCCGUCCAGUGCUUAGUGCAUAGAGAGACCGCAGUGCCAGUGCGAGUGCAGCCAUCGACGUGUUUUUCUUGUCGUUCCUUAGUUGCUAUUUGUUGCAAAUUAGUAUUAUUUUUGCUUUAAGUUAGAUAAGUUUGUGGAAAACGCGUCCAUGCUUGGAGUUAUGACUACCAUGCAUAUCGAUGCGACAUAAAACAUGUGUCCACAAUGUAUUUACGUGUAAAAUAUACAGUGAAGAACGACUAAGAAAAACACAGUUAUUGGAAUCGUAGGAGACAAGUGGUCCAGUUCGAGAGCGAAGAUAGAGCAUAGAGUGUAUCUAUGCAAAACACGGCUAUCGCAUUGUUCGAGACGGCUGGGCCGUUCGGUCGCAGCGUGCUGGCAUGUGAGCACCUGGAGGCGUGCUCGGGCGGCGGGUUCCGGUGAGGGCGCCGGCGCGGCGGCGGCAUGGCGGAGCGCCCGCCCGACGUGCCGCUCAUCGUGACGCCGCCGGGGGGCGCGGGGGCGGCGGGGGGCGCGCUCACCACGUCGCGGCGCGCCGCCUCGGCCCGCGGCUCCAUGCGGGGCUCGCGCGACGAGCUGCCCCCCUCCACCUGGCGGUCCUCAGUGCGUGUGCGCGACACGGGCUUCCGCGGCUCGCGCAAGAGCGUAGUGCGCCUCGAACCCCCCUGUAAUGGCCUCAACGGGCUGCCAGCCAUCGGCAAGGAGGUUCUGUCUCUGGGCGCGACUGUGGGCCACAAGGGGACCGUGGCGCCCUCACACCCCUGCACCAUCCUCCACCACUCUCCUUACAAGGCCGCUUGGGAUUGGUUGAUUCUAAUCCUGGUGAUCUACACGGCAAUCUUCACGCCGUACGUGGCCGCGUUCCAGCUCAACGAGCCCGACUUCGACAAGCGCUCCAAGAAGUUCGGCGAGGACCCCAUCGUCGUCAUCGAUAUGAUCGUGGACGUGACGUUCAUAGUAGACAUUCUGAUAAACUUCCGGACCACGUACGUGAACGUGGCGGACGAGGUGGAGUCGGACCCCGCCAAGAUCGCCAUGCACUACCUCCGCGGCUGGUUCCUCAUCGACCUGGUGGCCGCCAUCCCCUUCGACCUGCUGCUCUUCGGCACCGACACCGACGAACAGGGGCUGGAAAAUGAUGAGACCACGACGCUGAUUGGUCUGCUGAAGACGGCGCGGCUGCUGCGGCUGGUGCGCGUGGCGCGCAAGAUCGACCGCUACUCCGAGUACGGAACUGCCGUCCUGCUCCUCCUCAUGGCCACCUUUGUGCUUAUUGCUCACUGGUUGGCUUGCUUAUGGUAUGCGAUAGGAAGCUGGGAGCGGCCGCAGCUAGCCGCGCCUAUUGGCUGGCUGGACGCACUCGCGAAUGACGUCCAAGCAUCUUAUGAAAAUUCUACAGGACCUUCUAUGAGGUCUCGUUAUAUUACAGCUCUAUAUUUUACGUGCACAUCUUUAACAAGUGUCGGUUUCGGCAACGUGGCACCAAAUACAGAUAUGGAAAAGGGUUUCACGAUAUUUGUCAUGCUUGUAGGAUCUCUAAUGUACGCGAGCAUAUUCGGCAACGUGUCGGCGAUCAUCCAGCGGCUGUACUCCGGCACCGCGCGGUAUCACACGCAGAUACUGAGAGUGCGAGAAUUUAUCCGCUUUCACCAGAUAGCGAACCCUCUCCGGCAGCGGCUGGAGGAGUACUUCCAGCACGCGUGGAGCUACACCAACGGCAUCGACACGUCCAGCCUGCUGAAGGGCUUCCCCGAGUGCCUGCAGGCCGACAUCUGCCUGCACCUCAACCGCAACCUGCUCGCCAACUGCUCCGCCUUCGAGGGCGCUAGCCCCGGAUGCCUGAGAGCGCUGUCCCUCCGCUUCAAGACGACGCACGCGCCGCCGGGCGAGACGCUGGUGCACCGCGGCGACGUGCUCACCUCGCUCUACUUCGUCUCCAGAGGCUCCAUCGAGAUCCUCAAAGAUGACAUCGUCAUGGCUAUCUUAGGCAAAGACGACAUAUUCGGCGAGAACCCGUGCGUGCACGCGACGGUGGGGCGCAGCAACUGCCGCGUGCGCGCGCUCACGUACUGCGACCUGCACCGCGUGCACCGCGACGACCUGCUCGACGUGCUCGACUUCUACCCCGAGUUCCGCGCCUCCUUCGUCAACAACCUCGAGAUCACCUACAACAUGCGCGACGACGAGCUGUGCGGCAUCGAGCCGCGUCGGCGCAUGCGCUACGAGAACCCCAACGACGCGCGGCUGCUGCGCGAGGCCUACGCGCGCACCACGCGCCGCCCGCACACGGAGACCUUCGCGGAAAAAGUUGACUCUCAGUGCAGCGAUGAAGAUACAGAGUCUCCGCCCAACAGCCGCGGCAUUCUAGAGUUCUCCGCAGACAAGGCGGGCCAGGACGUCACGCCCCUCAACUUCAACUUCAGCAAACAACGCUCCACAACCCUCAACUCCAUCACAGGCAUGCUAGCGCAACUUAAACGGAGCUUCCCCGACCUCUACCACCAUAAAACACACCAGCCGCUGCACAACAAGUACUCUCAAUCGACGCCUCAGACGUAUAGAAGUAGAGCCGGCGUGCGGCGGCAGUCGUCGGUGGGCCCGCUGAACGACACGUCCCCGCUGACGGGCGGCGGCGGCGGCGGCGGCGAGGCCGUGGUGAGCACCCCCGCGCACUCCGCCACGCUGCCCGUGUCCAGCCUCAGCGCCAGCUCGUACUACACGAACGCGUCGCCGUCGCCGCCGGCCGCCGUGCACGUGUCGUGCGACGACAUCCUGGCGCCGGCGCCCGCGCGCGCGCCCGCCUGCCGCUCCGCCCCGCACUCCGCCACCAACCUGCACCAGCCGCGCCCCGCCGCGCUGGCGCUGGCCGCCGAGCGCGCGCACCACGCCGCGCACAUGCCGCCCCAGGACACGACGUCCCCGCAGUACCAGAACGUGUGCUCGGGCACGUCGGUGUCGGCGGUGCUGACGCGGCUGGACGAGCUGAGCCGGCGCGUGGCGGCGCUGGAGACGGGGCUCACGGGCGACGUGCGCCGCAUCCUGCAGCUGCUGCAGGCGCGCGACCACGCCCCCGCGCCCCCCGCACCCGCGCCCCCCGCACCCGCCGCGCAGCCCGCGCCGCCGCUGCACAAGGCCUCGCUCUCCGUGCCGCACUCUACUGAUAGUCAGUGGGAGUGGCAGUGGAACGGCGAGCGGCGCGGGGCGGGCGCGGCGGCGGCGGCGCGCGGGGAGCGCACGCCGGGGGUGCAGCGGUCGGCGUCGGAGCCGCACGCGCCGCUGCCGCCCGCGCUGCCGCCGCCGCCGCACUCGCACUCCUUCCACAGGUAGUGUGAGGCGGCCGCGAGCGCGCCCCGCCGCCCCCGCCCCGCGAGCACGCUCCCCGCCCCCGCCCCGCCGCCGCCCCCCGCCGAGCGCUUCCACUUCUGCACGCGCAUCGCCCGCCAGCGGCUCGACGACGCCCGGACCUUCCUGUGACACACCCCCAUCCGAAGUAUGGACCAAUUUUGUAGAACGUCGACUCGACCUCGGCCCGGCUCGCCCGCGCCGCCGUCGCCGCCGCCGGGCGCACCCACUGACAGAUAACUUUAAAUUUAAUAAGUCCAUUUAUAAGAUUUGAAUGUAAGAUUUGAUAAAACGUUUGCUUUUACCAAAAAGCAGGCCGGAAUAUGCCUCCGGCUAUGCUUUCCGUUACAUUCAUAGGUAAAUGAUCGAUCGAUAUAACGAUAACGAAUAUGAUCGAGCAUCACACGUAGAUGUAUAAUUGCAAACGCGAUAGGCGUGGUGGGUAUAUCGGGUGCUUCAGUGACGAUCCACAUUGUUAGUUGCACUCUACUUUAUAAAUUUCAUCCAGCAGUAUUAUUUAUUUAACUUUGUUAGCAUCACAGUCAAGUCAAGCAUUAAGUCUUUCACUGGUUUGGAAUGAAGUGUAUAAGACUGAUAUACUACGUACAUUACUGUGGGUUACUGAAAUAUGUAAGAAAACGAAAAACGCUCUUUACCCGUCCUUUCUCCUUGCCUUUACAAUUUUAAUGUAAAUAUUUUUUCAACCAUUAUUCACAUAAAGCAUCCUCUAAAAAUAUUAUUAUGGUACACAAUUUUAAAACCGAAAAUUUAGCUUGUAUUUACUUUAUUGAAGUUACAUUUACAUUACGUAUGAAGGAUACAUCAUAACUUCUUCUUAAUUAAAUACUUUCAGUCACUUAUUUGUGCGUUUAUAUCAUGCGUGUUUUUACGCUAUUUAUAUUUUAAUUACUCAGAGCUUUCAUUAAAUUUUACGCGAUAGCGUUUUAAGCGCGCUACGCGGCUACUACGAGCUACGACGCUACGUUGCUACGCAGCUACGGCGUAGCCAUCGGCGUAGCUUUUCGCCUACGCUGCGCCGUAGUAAUUGAGAUUAAUUUUAUCCAUUACAAUUUCAGUACAUUACUUUAAUAAUAACCGGGAACUGAUUGAUAUACUCUCAUAAGUUGAUGGUGACACGUGGCCUAUGUAGCUAUGAGGUUACUAAAAACCUUUCCUAACCUUGUGUUCGCUCACUGUCUCUAAGCUUAAUCAAACUAUUUAUUAAUGCACUGAUAUAUUGUUAUGGACUAUCUUCUACAUGUUUUACCAUAUAUAUAUAAUAUACAUAUUACCUACUUGAUUGUAUUCACACCAUUAUCUUUACAGUUUAAAUCUUAUAACUGACCCAACUCCUUGUUUUUGAACUAGCGACUUGUGGCUCAAUUAAGUUAGUUGUGAAUGUGAACGCAUCCCUGAUAAGCAAUAUAAUAUCCACCACAUUGUAAUGUUGUCAUAGUGCUCGAAUAGUGAAUCUUUAUACUUUAAGUACUAGAUAGAAGCAAUGGAAUAAUUAGAAUGUAAUUAGUCUUUAUGUAUAAUUUAUCGCUUGCCGUAGGCACUAUUGUCUGCCCUGCAAUCGCCAUCGGCCUUAUUCUUUGCUAGUUGAAUGACAACAAACCGUAUUUAAUGGCUAUUUUAGGUCAUCUCGCAUAAACAACGGCUAGAAUUAUCCAAGUAAAUGUACUUAAAAGAUUAAACUGUUAAAUACUUUUAAAUAUUGAGCUAGCACGACUUUAACCAUUUUUUACUGUAAUGUUGAACGAAUAAAUCAGACGUCGCAUCGGUGAAGUUACUCAGCUGACAAAGAUUAACUUCAGACUCACGGUUUCCCUUUAUGAUCAUUAAAUCAGAUUAUAUUUUUUCUAUAAUUUCCAUUGAAUUCAUGGAAUGUAUGCUUGGUUUUCUUGAUAUAAUGGAUAUAUCGCUUUCACGAUGAGACGUCGGAGUUGUUCACUAGUAAUGUUGGAGAAAACCAAGGACUAAACAGGUUCUUUUAGUUUCCAGGAACAUUAAAGAUUUAGUGUUCUUUGAAAACUUUACAGGCAGCGUUUUUAGCCGAAAACUUCUAGCUAAUGUGGCGGCUGAUGUUGGAGGAAAACUGAAAGUGAAACCAUAUUCAAAACCAUCACAACCUGUUAUAGGAAUACUGAUUUUACACUUAAGUAAGAAGUGCUGGAUAACAAACAGUCCUAUCUGGAACGCAGUCCACUGCACAGUUCACUUACUAUUAUGACUAGGCUCAGGCUCCGCGGCACGGGUUCAUUAUUGAUUUUGAUAAACUCUUUUAAUGCGAGUUCACAAGCACCGUAUUUAUCGCUAUAUAGUUACGUUCAUCUACGUCGAUAAUGGACUCAUGCAGCGGGGAUAGUCCAGGCCUAGUUGUGCUCCUUGGGAGUGCGACGGAUUGCAUGUCAGCUCAGAUAGAAUUCUAGGUGUUGAAUAACACUGAUUUUUCUUGACUCUAUAUCAAAGUGUUAAUCGGCCAUUGGUCUACAACGGUGCCUUGAAUGUUAAUAAAUUGUGGGCUACCUAUACUUGUAAAUAUGUUCCUACCAUACUUCACUCAUCAAUCACACUGCGAUAGCUUACCCUAUUCCUACUAUUGUUUUCGUUAGAUUUUUAUGUGAUGACAGUUAAUUAAAUUAACGUUAAAUUAUAAUGUAAAUAUAAUGAAAUUUAGUCUUUUGAAUUUGUCAAUUUAAAACAAAGAUAGGUAAUCUUAUGAUCCAGUUUAUAUACAUACUGUUUAAAACCAAAGUAGAAUUUAUAUUGUUACUACGCUGCGCUGGAAUAGUUAUUCUGGAACAUCGCCGCUGCCGGUGCGCCACGGCCGCGCAGACACUCAUAGAAGCCCCGUAAAAUGUUAUUGCACCUGUAGUUUAUUCGAAUGUAUUAUGCUAUUACUGCACUCAAGGUGUCGUCGAUAUACCUCAGUCAAUAUUGUUCAUUACUGUCUGAGGCUGCGGUUCCACACUUGAAGUUUGUCAAAUGGUAUGGAAAUUUCGUCAUCGAAGUCGCUAGCCGCAGGCGCAAUAGCAUUUUACGGAACUUAUACCACACUCUUCACCGCCGCCACUGGCGCACCCGCAGCUAGCCAAUUGCUAUACUGUAGAUGAAAAUGUUCUAGUCUGGUUUUUAAUGGUAGUUGUAUUUAGAUACGUUAACUCCAUUGCUUUGCUCUAAAUAUACCGACCUAGUGUGAUAACGCCAGCAGUGUUUCUAUAAUACAUAAAUAGUUUUAUAAAUUAAAGCUUUCGUAGAUUUCUAUAGAUCUUAAUAUUGCUGUUGUGAAAUGAAUUGCAUUUUGAAAAUUUCAUCAAUGUCCAUCAUUAAUAUCUAGGAGGAGUUCAUCAUGAUUUACGGCACAACUUUACUGGAGCAUUUGAUAGUCUCACAGGUAGUUCAGAAAUGAUGUUUGGAGUAGCGCCGUGACUUUGUUCACGCGGCUUCCUCCAGUGCCGUAACGUUACGUUAUGCAUGAAAAAUCAUUCAUAAAGCAUAAAAUUAUAAAUAUGUGCUUGAAAGAAGCUAAAAAACAUUAGUUUCGUAGUUUCAUUACGAUUCAAAGCUAGCACAACUAAAACCCGCACAAAUGAGGUAUUUAAUGUCCAAUUAUUCAGGAUAAUGAAAAUGGAAAAGCUUGUAGUGUUGAGCUAAUUAUUAAUAUAAAAAAUAAAAACAGUGUAAUAAGAUAUUCAUGCACAAUUGGUUGCAACUAAUAUAAAUUUAAGUUGAACAAUAAUAGUGUUUAUUGUAUUAUGCACAGGGUGUAACAAGAUUUUGUGAACAAUAAUAUUUAAGGAGCUAUACCUACGAACAAGGCACAUAAUGUCACUCUACCUUCAGUAUUUGUUUCACAACGCAAUAGCUGUAUUGUCUAACAGGUGGAAUGUAUUUACUGUGGGAAUUUUAUACAAAAUAUCGAGUGCAAUAAAGCGGUCUCGAUCAAGAUCUUCUGUUGGCCGACGUCACAAAUAAGGCCGAUACCGCUAUAUUGCCCUAAUGGCAAUCUGAGAAACAGGUACCUACAGGUAUCGUUUCAUUAAACCUACGUUUCUCUUGAUUGGUAUAUGUAUAAUAUUGUAUAAGUACAUUCCUGUAAUAUAACUACGAUAUAAGAUAUGUAAAUAUUUCAUGCAUCUUAUAGCGAUUCAAUCGUUUCUUUAAUAUUUGCAUAGUGUUCAGACUGACUUUAACGUUGUUUAGCUUGUAAUACGUAUCUAUCUAAAUUCAAUGAUAUAAGUGAAUUAACUAAACGUUGUAAUAAUAAACUGUUGACGAACAUUAAUGCUUCACCUUGAGUAAAACUAUACUUAGUUUGAAAUGUUAAAAAGUUGCCAACACCAUCAUCGUUAACAUUAAGAGCGUUCAGUGCUUACUAACAUAACAAAUAUUAUUAUUACGUAUUUCAUGGAAAUCGGCAACUCUCAUUAUUUAUGUACUUAGGUACCUAACAAAUUUGAAUUUGUUGCAUUGUGGUAUUUGUGGUAAUCUAAAUAAAACGGACAAAUAACUUUUCGACGACUGUCAAUAAUACAAUAUAUAUAAUUUAUCUGACUGAAAUGUAAUUUUUCAAGAAAUUCUUAAACACUUAAUAAAUUCACUAUUAUUUCACACUUAGGUAGGUACUUAAUUUGCUUUUUCUUUUAAAAAUGUGUAAUUACAUAAGGUACACUUAUAAUAUAAAGAGGAAAGUUUUCUAACAGCUAAUACCUGCUAAGGAUCGUUUAAAACAUCUUUGAAUUUUGAUAUUCGUCGUGGAAUGUCCGUUUUCUUUAGAUCUAGCUAUCAAAUGAAUAUAACAUGUAACUAAAGGAUACUUGAAUAUAUAUCAUUACAUACAUAUUAUCAUGCCAUAGCCUCUACGCCGCAGCCGGGCCGAGCCAGCUGCCCGGCCGCCCUCGUACGCCACACAGUCGAUACUUUGCCACUUCCGUCGCUGCCUUGAGUAAUUGUAAACUAGUCACGGAAUAAGGUUGUUUUAGCUUUGAAUGAUCACUCGGUUAGUUUACUACAAGGUGAUAAGUCAAGUAUUUUAUAAUUCAACAUAAUGCGUAAGUUUAAGUGUGCAUCAUGUAAUUUUGUCUGUGAUCGAAAUUUUAUAUUGUUAAGCGGAAUUUUAAGCGCCCAUUAAUUAUUUCGAACGCACUGAAACUUAAGUUUAAUGUUAUACAAUUCCUAGCAAAAUAUAAUAAAAUAUCUAAACACCGCA